AUGAUACACUCUGUACUUAUUUUUAAUAAAAAAUGUCAACCAAGACUAGUCAAAUUUUACACACCAGUGGACCUACCGAAACAGAAGUUAUUACUAGAGCAAGUAUAUGAGUUAAUAUCCCAGAGGAAUACUGACUUUCAAAGCUCUUUUUUAGUGACCCCUCCAUCUUUACUAGAUACUGGAAAUAAUACAACCAAAAAUAAUGGCAAUGACGAUGAUGGUGCUAUUCAAAUCAUAUACAAGAAUUACGCAACGUUAUUUUUUACAUUUAUAGUCGAUGAACAGGAAUCUGAAUUGGCAAUUCUAGACCUAAUACAGACUUUCGUAGAGUCAUUAGAUCGUUGCUUUACCGAAGUUAAUGAAUUAGAUUUAAUUUUCAAUUGGCAAACUUUAGAGAGUAUACUAGAAGAAAUUAUACAAGGGGGAAUGGUUAUAGAGACUGACAUAACCAAGAUUGUUGGCUCCGUUGAUGAUCUAAAUAAAGCAUCUGAGACUACGUCAAAUUCAAUAUCGACCGGAAUUAGUGGUGCCUUUCAAGCUUUUGCACAAGGUGGAUUUGCUCAAUGGGCAACUGGCCAAUAG